CCAUCUUUUUAGAAGGUGUGCGGAAAAAAAAAUGUACAUGUGUUAUGCUAUCAUUGCAUGAGGCCAAGUGAUUGCAUUUGUCUGUCUCCCAAUCACUCUCUACGGAUAGUUAGCAGGCGCAAUCCAGUGUUGUGUCUGAGUGUCAGCUCUCUGCUCUCUCAAGAGUCAAGACCCUCUUGAAUUUGAGAUAUUUUCCAGGAAAUGACGAUUAUGUCCUUCAUCAACAGAGCUUCAAGAGCUCUCCAUGGCUAUCCUGCUUCCUCUAAGCUUCUUGUUCUCUUCACUCUCAGUAGUGGAGGUCUAGUGGCAUAUGCUGAUUCGCAAUCAGAAACAGCUGCGCCUGCUGCUGAGCUUAAUCAGAAUGAGUGUAAGAAGAAGAGAGUGGUGGUUCUGGGGACAGGGUGGGCUGGUAUUAGUUUCCUUAAAGAUCUGGAUGUCUCUUCAUAUGACGUUCAGGUUGUUUCACCUCGCAAUUAUUUUGCAUUCACCCCUCUGUUGCCUAGUGUGACCUGUGGUACAGUUGAAGCUCGGAGCAUUGUAGAGCCAGUCAGGAAUAUUAUAAAGAAGAGAAAUGGGGAAAUUCAAUUUUAUGAGGCAGAAUGUGUCAAGAUUGAUGCUGCAAAAAACAAGGUUUUCUGUAAGUCUUAUUUUGAGAACAACGUGAUUGGUGCUGAAGAUUUUUCCCUGGAAUAUGACUACUUGGUGUUAGCGAUAGGAGCCCAAGUAAACACUUUUAACACCCCUGGUGUCAUGGAGAACUGCCAUUUUCUGAAGGAAUUGGAGGACGCACAGAAGCUCCGCAGAAGUGUGAUUGAUUGCUUUGAAAAGGCUUCCAUCCCUGGCCUGACUGAAGAAGAGCGAAGAACUAACCUUCAUUUUGUAGUUGUUGGAGGGGGUCCCACUGGAGUGGAGUUUGCUGCCGAGCUGCAUGACUUUAUCCAGGAAGAUUUAGUCAAUGUCUAUCCUAUGGUUAAAGAUCUAGUGAAAAUAACCUUGAUCCAGUCUGGAGAUCAUAUUCUAAACAUGUUUGAUGAGAGAAUUAGUACAUUUGCAGAGAAGAAGUUUCAAAGAGAUUGUAUUGAAGUUCAGACAGGAUGUAGAGUUCUCAGUGUUUCUGAUAAAGAAAUUACCAUGAAGGUCAAAUCCAAGGGAGAGGUUACAUCUAUACCACAUGGAUUGGUAGUAUGGUCUACUGGUAUCAGCACUCGCCCAGUUGUGAAGGACUUCAUGGAGCAAAUUGGGCAGGCUAACAGACGUGUUCUUGCAACUAAUGAAUGGCUGCGAGUAAAGGAAUGUGAAAAUGUAUAUGCACUUGGUGAUUGCGCCACUAUAGAUCAGCGUAAGAUCAUGGAGGAUAUUGUAUCCAUAUUUAAAGCUGCAGACAAAGACAAUUCUGGUACCUUGACUGUUCAAGAAUUCCAAGAUGUGGUAGAUGAUAUCCUUGUAAGGUAUCCCCAACUGGAACUCUAUUUGAAGAACAAGCAUCUGAGAGAUGUGAAAGAUUUGAUGAAAGAUCCCGAGGGAAAAGACGUAAAAGAAGUUGAUAUUGAAGGUUUUAAACAAGCCCUUUCUCAAGUGGAUUCACAGGCCAAAAGUCUGCCUGCAACUGCACAGGUUGCUGCUCAACAAGGUGCUUAUCUUUCUAGGUGUUUCAAUCGUAGAGAACACUGCAAAGAUAAUCCUGAAGGUCCUCGGCGUUUUGUAGGUUCUGGGCGUCAUGCAUUUGUUCCAUUUCGGUACAAGCAUCUUGGGCAGUUUGCCCCUUUGGGAGGAGAGCAGGCAGCCGCUGAACUGCCUGGAGACUGGGUUUCCAUUGGUCACAGCACACAGUGGCUCUGGUAUUCUGUAUAUGCCAGCAAACAAGUGAGCUGGCGAACUAGGGUGCUGUUGGUAUCUGAUUGGACUAGGAGAUUCGUUUUUGGAAGAGAUUCAAGCCGUAUUUGAGACAAAAAAUGGCGUCUUCUAUAAACUAUCCCUAAGUCACUGGUUUUCCCACAACUCAAUCGCAGCAUUUCCACCUACCGCGCAUAAAUAUAUAUGAUUUCCUUUUUUCCCUUUCAAAUUUGUGUCUAUGUACUCUCCUUUGGUAUGUAAAAUUGAUACACUGUUACCAUUUACUAGUUUACCAGGUGUAAAAUAGCAUGGAGAGCAACAGAGUUCUUGGUAACCUGGUGCUGUAUAUGGCUGACAAGUAUUCUUUCUUGUAUGGAAAGUCUUCCGUUGAUUUACACGACCGUGGAAAAAUGCUCAUGCUCCCGCAAAGUUGUUCCAAACUUUACAAGGCUUCGACUUGUAUUUUCUUGAA